AUGUCGAAUUUGUCAAAUCUUGAAUUUGUGGCACUUGACAAUUCUGGAAAAAACUAUUUGUCAUGGGUACUUGAUGCUGAAAUUCACCUUACUGCUAAGGGUCUUGGUGAUAGUAUAAUCGAAGGAAAUACGAUAUCAAGUCAGGAUAAAGCGAAUGUUAUGAUUUUCCUUCGUCAUCAUCUUGAUGAAUGUCUGAAGGUUGAAUACCUAACAUUGAAAGAUCCACUUGAAUUGUGGAUAGGUUUGAAAGGGAGGUAUGAGCACCUCAAGGCAACGAUAUUGCCAAGGGCUCGUUAUGAGUGGAUGCACUUAUGGUUUCAAGAUUAUAAACCGUAA